CAGCUUUGAAUUCCGACGAAUUUUCUUUUUUCAAUUUCGAAUCUUCCGAAAAUCUUUCCAAUAUAUAUUUUCUUUUAUUUUUUAUAAAUUUAUUAUUAUCUUCCCUAUCCAAUUCCCAGUUUUUUAAAACAUUCGUCGGCUGAUUUUGACCAUUUCCAUCUCUCUUCGUUUAAAUUUGAAGGGAGACAGAGCAACCAGGACUUUCAAAAGUGGUGUGGGGUGUUUUUCUUUUCUUGGAAUUUCAUGUGAUUUUGGUGGAAAUCUGUGGAGCAAAAGGAGAAAUGGGUUUCACGGUAUCCGAUGAAUUGUUGGGAACUUUUGUUCCGAUUGUUGUUUAUUGGAUUUAUUCAGGAAUAUAUAUGUGUUUAGGGUCGUUCGAGGAUUAUAGAUUGCAUUCGAAGAAGGACGAGGAUGAGAAGAAUUUGGUUUCCAAACAAACUGUCGUGAAAGGCGUUCUUUUGCAACAAACUGUCCAGGCUGUUGUCGCCAUCCUUUUGUUCACGGUCACAGGGAGUGAUGCUGGGGCUUCUGCAGGACAGCCAUCUUCCCUUAUUGUUCUAGCUAGACAGUUUGUUACAGCAAUGUUGGUUAUGGACACUUGGCAAUAUUUUCUGCAUAGAUAUUUCCAUCACAACAAGUUCUUAUACCGGCACCUCCAUUCUCAGCACCACCGUCUUGUUGUUCCCUAUGCAUUUGGAGCUCUGUACAAUCAUCCACUGGAGGGGCUUCUCCUCGACACAGUAGGUGGGGCCUUAUCAUUUCUCCUCUCCGGCAUGUCUCCUCGAACUUCCAUCUUCUUCUUCUCGUUUGCCACCAUUAAAACGGUCGAUGACCAUUGCGGGCUAUUGCUUCCUGGAAACCUCUUUCAUAUUUUCUUCAGAAACAAUUCUGCAUACCAUGAUGUCCACCAUCAGCUUUAUGGUAGCAAAUACAACUUCUCGCAACCGUUCUUCAUCAUGUGGGAUAGAAUUCUGGGAACCUAUAUGCCUUAUUCACUUGAGAAGAGAGCAGAUGGUGGCUUUGAAGCACGACCAACUAAAGAGUACAAAGAUGAUUAAUUAGUAGAUUGUAAGCAUCCUUUACAAGAAGAUGUACCACCAGUAUUUUUCUUGUUUUUCCUCAUCGACGAACCACGCUGCUUUUUUGAUUUGUAUAUACUUGUAAUCUUGUGCUCUAUACUUAUAAGACUUGUCUUUGUUUAUAGAAGUAACAAUCAGCGGUUUAUGACUAAUAAAUUAUCGCUAGAGUUGGGAAUAAGUUUAAAAAUUCA